GUCUUAUCCGAAUCCACUGGGGCUUGGCUCCAACUCUUAACGCAGAGCAGCAAGAGCUAGGAGAUCGAAGGGAAAAUGUUGAAUUCGGUAGCUUCACCCUCAACAAUAUGCUGCGUUCCAAAAGCAUUUUCUGGAAUUCCGAAACCUUCCUUUGGUGGCAUUCAACUUCGUGGCAUACGCUCCAUUCAGCCAUGCUCUCAGAUGAAAUUGUAUCGACAUCCUACUUCAUCAGUAGUAAUGAUGGCGAAGAGAGAGGAGGAAUUGAAGGAAAUUAGAGCUAAAACCACUGAAGAAAUCCACGAAGAGGUAAUUGAUCUUAAGGGCGAGCUUCUCAUGCUUCGGCUCCAGAAAUCUGCUCGGAACGAGUUCAAGUCCAGCGAAUUCCGUCGGAUGCGCAAGAGGAUUGCUCGCAUGCUUACUGUGAAGCGGGAAAGGGAGAUUGAGAAGGGAAUCGGUAAGAGGUUAUCUAGGAAGCUUGAUCGGAAAUGGAAGAAAAGUAUUAUCCCUAGGCCACCUCCCUCUUUAAAGAAGCUGCAAGAGGAAGAAGCAUCUGAAGAAGCUGAAAAAUCUGCAUGAGCUAACAUAUUAAUACUUGCAGCUUUGUAGUUUCAUGGAUAAAAUUAUUGCUCAAUCAUCAUUAUUGCUUUUGGUGGAUGCUGCUAAUUAGUAUAUAAUAUCUUCUUGGUAAUUUAAUGCAUGUUCCUUUCAUACAUGAGGUUCAUUUCCCCAGAUUUUUGUAACAUGUAUUAUAAUAUGAGAGAUCAUUUGCAUUUGACGUUAUAAUCUCGUAUACUGAAUGGUUAGUUUGUUAUGUCGGUUCCAUA